CACCUCUCAACACAUUUCCGCCAAUAACAAACCUGCUAGCUUGUAGCAACUUGAACUGUAUUGUUUGUGCUUUUUUCCCCCAAGUGUCUGCAAAAAAAUUUCUAGGCAGCGGUUGUUUGGAAGUUGGUUAAUUAGAAGACGUGUUUCCUGGAAUUACGCAAAUGCUACCAUUAACUGUUUAAACCGUCGGUCAUAAACGUGAAUCAGCAAAUAAAUGGUUGCGACUGGUGUUAGCUGACAGGCUAACGUGCUGCUCGGUGACAUGCUCUUUUUAGCAGGUCGUUGGACGUUCGCAUAUUAAUUAACAUGUCCUGAAACGCGUCAGGAUCAUCGCGCUGCAGACGGAGAGGGGGUUUAACAGUCAGAGUGUGACCUAGAAAAAUACAGAUACCGGACCUUUUCAGACGAUUCAUGUUGUUUCCAGACCGGGAAGCGUUACCUUCCCAAGGUUUCCACCAGAUUUGCAAAAUGAAGAUGUUCUCUGUGGCACACAAGACUGUCUUCGUAGUGGAUCACUGUCCCUACAUGGCAGAGUCCAGUCGUCAGCAGGUGGAGUGUGAUGUGCUGACAAAGAGCCGAGCUCAAGGGGUCAUUCCUUUGGCCCCGGUGUCAAAGUCUCUGUGGACAUGUGCUGUGGAGUGCUCCAUGGAGUACUGCCGGAUCCUUUAUGAUGUUUAUCCAAAGGACAAACUGGUUAAUUACAUUGUGAGUGAUUCAGAGUUUCACAUACUGAAUAGCUGGAGGAGGGAAGAUCAGAGCACUCACGAGCUCAUGUCAGCUCUGGCAGCUGUUGGGCCACCAAACCCUCGCGAGGACCCGGAGUGCUGCAGCAUCUUGCAUGGCCUGGUAGCUGCAGUGGAGUCAUUAUGUAAGAUCACAGAGCUGCAGCAUGAGAAGCGUAUCGCUCUGAUGGACACAGCUGACAGAGUUGCUAACAGAGGCCGUAUUAUCUGCCUAACUAAUGCUAAAAGCGACACACAUGUGCGCAUGCUGGAAGACUGCAUUCAGGAAACUAUUAUAGAGCAAAACAAGCUGGCAGCAGGCUCAGACAGGCUCAUGGCCAUCCAGCAGUGUGAGCUGGUUCUAGUUCACAUCUACCCACAGGGUGAGGACACACUGGUGUCUGACCGGCCCAAGAAAGAGAUCUCUCCUCUGCUCACCAGUGAGGUGCACAGUGUUCGAGCUGGGAGGCACCUGGCCACCAAACUCAACAUUUUGGUCCAGCAGCACUUUGACUUGGCCUCCACCACCAUAACGAACAUCCCCAUGAAGGAAGAGCAGCAUGCCAACACAUCGGCUAAUUAUGACGUUGAGCUCUUGCAUCACCGAGACGCCCACCUCGAGUUCUUUAAAAGUGGAGACUUACACAUGGCGGGGACCAGCACUAGAGAAAAUGGACUCAAGGAGACGGUUACGUUAAAAUGGUGUACUCCACGAACAAACAGCAUAGAGCUACAUUACUGCACAGGAGCCUAUCGCAUCUCCCCCACAGAUGUCAACAGUCGUCCCUCGUCAUGCUUGACCAAUUUUCUCCUUAAUGGUCGGUCCGUGUUGCUGGAGCAACCGAGGAAGUCGGGUUCAAAGGUAAUCAGCCACAUGCUCAGUAGCCACGGAGGCGAGAUUUUCCUGCACGUGCUCAACAGCAACCGCUCCACCCUAGAGGACCCGCCCUCCAUCAGCGAGGGCUGCGGAGGCCGUGUGACAGACUACCGCAUCACUGAUUUUGGUGAAUUUAUGAGGGAGAACCGGCUCACUCCUGUGUCAGAAUCUUCCCACGAUCCCUCAGGGAAGCUGCCAGCUGAGAGGGCCAAAGCUCAGCUGGAGCGCCACACUCGAUACUGGCCAAUGAUCAUCUCCCAGACGACCAUCUUCAACAUGCAGGCAGUGGUUCCUCUGGCUAACCUGAUAGUAAAAGAGACUUUGACAGAUGAGGAUGUUCUCACCUGCCAGAAGACCGUUUACAACCUGGUAGAUAUGGAGAGAAAGAACGACCCACUCCCCAUUUCCACUGUAGGAUCUAGAGGCAAAGGCCCCAAGAGGGAUGAGCAGUACCGCAUAAUGUGGAAUGAGCUGGAAACAUUAGUGAAGACUCACGCCGGGGCGACUGACAGGCACCAGCGAGUUCUGGAUUGCAUCAUCGCCUGCCGCAGCAAACCUCCAGAGGAGGAGGACCGGAAGAAGAGAGGGAGGAAGAGAGAGGAGAGGGAGGACAGGACAGAGAAAAAUGGCAGCAAGGAGACAGACGACAAAAGCUGGCAGGACUCGGAGAGACUAAAGGGAUUGAUGGAUAAAGAUGAGCAGGAGUCGGAGGUCAUCAAGGAUUCCCCAGAUUCCCCAGAGCCGCUCAACAAAAAGCCUCGCUUAACCUCAGAGGAGAUUCAGCCUCCAGAAAGAACGAAAGGUCCUGUCUCACUCCUCACUAUGUGGAGCAACCGAAUCACUGCAGUCAAUUCCAGGAAGCACCAAGAGUUUUUUGGAAGAGCCAGUUCUGUGAACAGCAAGUUCGAGUUGUACCAGCACCUCAAAGAUGAGAAUGGGAUGGAUGUUCAUGAAAAUGGGAAGGCCACCAGAUGAUGUUUCCACAGCUCCAGCUCAGCCUUUCUGCAGAUGAGAUUUUGGACCACAGUGAUUUUAAGACUGCCCAAAAAAGGACAUCAAAUUAAAAGAGAUGGUGAACUCUUAACAAGGAAUUUCUAAUUUUUUUACUUCUAAUUUUGUAGUUGUGCUGUUCACAUGUUGCGUAACACAAUAAAAACUGCCAGUAGAGAAUGUUGCUGUUGGCUUUUGCACAAAUCAUG